AUGGAAGUGGCAGCUUUCGAAGAAAUAGGUGGUCCUCCAGUAACCAGAAUCAUCAGAGAUGAUUAUCAUGGACUGACCCUAUUCAUCUCAGAACCAGGAGUCAGGACAAACUUCCCAGGAAAAGUUGGUUCUGAGAAGAGAAAAACUACUUUUCCUACGAGCACUGUGAAACGAACUAAACUUGAUGAUACCACGCCAGCUGUCACUGCAGGAGUAGUUCCUGUAACCACCAAACCUGUAGCAGUAAUAUCGCCCACCAUUGCGUUUGUUGAAACUGAAUGUAAAACUUCAAAUACAAAGGAAAUUCAUCAUGCUAGUUCUUCACAAACUGUUGUUGCUCCUGUUAAAGAACCUUUGAAAACCAAACCUGAUAAAUCCUCUUUAAUGACUUCAAAAGUUCUUCCGAAGAAAACCACUAGCUCCUGUGCCGAUUCAGAUCAUAGUCAUACUGUUGAAGUAAAGAAACAGGAAACACUUAAGUUCUUUCCAUUCAAAUCUGAUUCUAUCCGAAUGGAAGCUCGUCUUCUUGUUCCAUUUAAAACUACCAGCAAAGAUAUAAAAGAUGUAACUUUUGCAGAAAUCGUCAAAGAUCAGGAGCUUGGAAUUGGUUUGAUAGUGAAGAAACAGAUAUGUAAAGUAAAAACUGAUUCUAUCUGCGUUUAUGUGAAUAAUGACACCACACACCAUGUUAUUCUAAGAAGCACAGCUGCUUUAGAAGUUGCUGUUAAUGGUUCAUUACCACAAGAUGUAAACGUGCCUAAAAUUGAGUCUGAACCAUCUUUAAAACCAAAAUUAGAAACACCCAACGUAAUAACUUCCCAAGUACCCUCAACCAAGAACACAGCUCAAAGUCAUUCUAUUCCAGUAAAGGAAGAAGAAACAUUGAUGUUUACUCCAGUUUCUCCCACUACUAUCAGAAUGGAAGCUUGUACCCUUGUUCAAUUUAAAACUACAAAUAAAGACUUGAAAGAAGUUGUCUCGGCAGAAAUCAUCAAAGAACAGGAAGUUGGAGUUGGGUUGCUAGUGAAGAAACAGAUAUGUAAAGUGAAAACUGAUUCAAUUGCGGUCUAUGUAUAUAAUGACACAACUAAGCAUAGUCGACUGAAAAGUACAAUUGGUCUAGAGGUUUCUAUAAAUAGUGCUGUACUACAAGUUGUGAAUGUCCCAAAAAACGAAUCUAUGUUGUCUUUGAAUCCUAAAUUAGAGACAUCAGUCUUAAUAACGGCGAAAGAACCAACAACCAAGAACACAAGCAAUGAUACUAUACAAGCUAAAAGUAACUCUCUUGAAGUAAAAAGUGAGGAAACUACUUCCAAACAGGAAAUAAAGUUCUCUGAGGAGGAAGCCUUGAAGUUUACUCCAGUUUCUUCUACUUGUAUUCGCAUGGAAGCUCGAAUUCUUGUUCCAUUUAAACCUGCCAAUAAAGACAUGAAAGAAGUUACCUCAGCAGAAAUUAUCAAAGAUCAGGUACUUGGAGCUGGGCUGAUAGUGAAGAAACAGAUAUGUAAAGUGAAAACGGAUUCAAUUUCCGUUUAUGUUAACAAUGACACCACAACGCAUAGCUUUCUGAAAAACACAGUUACAUUGGAGGUUCUUAUUAAUAGUCCUUCUCCCCAUGCUGUUGAGAUACCUGAAAAAGAUUCUAAAAAAAAUCAGACCUGCAAUUUAGCCCCUGCUGUGAGUGAAGUAUUAAAAAAUGACUUAUUGAUCGCUGGAUCAGAAUCAAUGCCAGAUCAACCUUUUUCAACAGAGUCAUUUAAAUGGAAAAAUGGAUUCAUUAAGGAAUAUGUUGACUCUGGAGACAUGGGAAAAAUUGGUGUUAUCCAAGGAGAUGGUGCUGAGGAUGGAAUUAUUUUCUUCUCUUGUCAUCAUGUCUGGGAAAAUGAUAAAUGGUUGAACUAUGUAUCUGCUAGAGUACCGAAAAGUGUUGGACAGAAGGGCAACAGGAAAAGUUUGCCUCCUGGUACGAGAGUUGUUUUCACUGCUGAAAAGCACACUAUGGAUCAUAAUAAGAACUGCUAUAAUAUACAGCAGGCAUUUAUUUUGUGCAAGCAUAAAAUAAAUCUGGACAAUAGUAAAGCUAAGACAAUAGUACAGCAAAGUUCAUAUUUGUCCUCAUUAGGUAAGAAUGUAAAUUUUUUUUAACUAUGUUGAGAAUGU